AUGUUGCCAACUUUAGAAAAGGAUUUAACAGCGAUGGACGCUCGUGAAAUCAAAAAAUCAACUAAACAAGAUAUCAUAAAUCGAAAAAAAAUAGAAAAGCUUUCUGAAGAAUUAAACGAACAGCGGAGUAGAAGACAUGGAUAUGUGCCAUCAGCUACUCCAUCAUUACAAAAAAGUUUCGAUCGGCUCGGCUGUCUAAUGAGCGAUUUCGGUUCUGAUUCUUAUUCGAAUCGUUCCUUACCUUUCAUUUUUGCGACCGCUUUAUAUUCGUUUCAGGCACUUGGCGCAAAACAUGAAUUAAAAAAGGAAAAAUUCUCCAGAGAACUUUCAUUUAAUCGUGGCGAUGUUCUACGAGUACGUCGAAUUAUUGAUUCGAAUUGGAUGGAAGGUGAAAAAAGUGGAAAAAUAGGCAUAUUCCCUUCUUCAUAUGUUCAGGUUGAUAGCUUAAAUGAAAAAGUUUGGCUGAUUGCUCAAUUCCCGUUUUACGCAAGGAAUUCAAAUGAAUUAUCUUUGAAAAAGGAUGAAAUAAUUCUAUAUAAACGAAGAAUUGACGAAAAUUGGCUUGAAGGAAUCAAUGAAAGAGGCCAAAUCGGUAUAUUUCCGAAAGCAUAUGUUCGAGAUAUCGAUAAUUCAUUAGCGAUAGUUCAAAACAAGAAUGGGCCAAAUGAUGAACCAAAUCGUCCAAAAACUCCCAAAUUUCUAUUUUCGCCCUCAUCGUUAGUCUUAUUACUUGAAAAAAUCCAAAGACAAUAA